AUGCCUGUGGGAUCUCGGGAAGUCCUCCGGUUAAUGCCUGGAGGGCGGAAAGGUAGAGGGAAGGCUAGAACACACUCCGUCGUAGCCGGCUGGAAGAAGAGGGGCCGGACGAGAGCGCAUCGUUACAAGCUAACGCGGAGACAAACCCAGAGACGGAUACACGCAGAGAUAGACAGAUGCGGAGACAGACAGACGCAGAGACACAGACAGACGCACACACAGAGACAGGCACAGAGUCGCAGACAGACGCAGAAACAGACACGAAGAGAUACAGACCCGGAGACAAACGAAGACACGGAUACGCGUAGAGAUAGAUACACACGGAGACAGACAGCUGCAGUGGCAGACGCAGAGACACAGAUAGGCGCCGAAAUAGACACUAAUGAGAGACAGACAGAUGCAGAAACGCAGACAGACGUGGAAAUAAACACGAAGGGAGAUAUUAUAGACGCGGAAACAGACGCGGAGGCAGACAGACGUAGAGACAUAGACAAACGCAGAGACAAAGACAGAUACGGAAACAGUCAGCUGCGGAAAGAUGCGAAGAUAAAGAGACAGCCCAGGAGACAAACGUACGCAGAGACACAAACAGACGCAGAGAAACGCGGAAACAAAGAAGAAGAGAGACAGUCGCGGAGACAUACGGGAAAACAGUCGCGGAGACACACGCGGAAACAAAUACGGAGGCAGACAGACGCGAGGCAGACAGAUGAGGAAAGAAAAAGAGACAACCGAGGAGAUAAACAGAUGCAGAGACACAGACAGACGCAGAAACAGGCACGAAGAGAGACAGACGCGGUGAUAGACGGAGAGACAGACACGAAGAGUGAUAAUAAGACGCGGAGGCAGACAGAUCUAGAGACACAGAUAGACGCAGAGACAAAAACAAACGCAGAGACAAAGACAGACGCAGAGACACAGACAGACUUAGAGACAGACACGAAGAGACAUAGACGCGGAAACGGAUGCGAAGAGAGACAGCCGCGGAAACAGACGCAGAGACACAAACAGACGCAGAAACACAGACAGACGCAGAGACAGAGACGGAAAGAGACACGAAGAGAGACAGACAUGGAGACAGGUGGAAACAAAUGUGGAGACAGACGCGGAAACAGAUAUGGUGGUGGGAAGAGAGACACCCGCUGA